AUUGGAUAUGACCUUCAACUUGGGACCAGAUUAAUUUAUUAAUCGUUCUCUAUCCUUUCAGGUUUUUCAGAACCGGGAAGAUAAUUGUGACCGUCCCAAACUCAGAACGUAUUCCAAUAAGAUAGACGUAAAACCCAAGGAACCGCAGUUCACUAAUUCUACAACACGAAGUUUGAAGUUUGAAUUGCUUUUUGGGGUGUCUUUUGUCAACACAAAAUGGAUAUAAUACCUGCGCUGACAACAUUUACAGAGAGCAUUUACGGUCAUGUAAUGGCAGAAAGUUUAAAUAAGUUGGAGAACACAUUUCUUUCUCCCUUUAACAUUUACACUGCCCUUGGAAUGGUUCUUUCAGGAGGUGAAAACAACACAAAGGCUGAAAUGAUGCAGGUGAUGCAAUUAUCUAAAGAUUUUGAACACAGUGAAGUUCAUGAUGGGAUUAGUAAACUGUUGGUUUACUGUUCAAAAUCUGGUCAAGGUGUUGAGAUAAUUUUUGGGAAUAGACUUUUCAUGACACCUAGUAUGGAUGUUAAAAAAGAGUUCGAACAAAACCUAGAGAAAAACUACAAGGCUCAAUCCGAACUUGUACCAUUUGAAACAGAUACAGAGAAUGCUCGAACGCGAAUAAACCAGUGGGUGAGUGAACAAACCAAAGGAAAGAUCCAAGAACUUCUUUCCUCUGGUUCUGUAACCAGUGACACAUCCGUUGUAGUCACGUCAACUACCUACUUCAAAGGAGCAUGGAAACUAGCUUUUCCCAAGAUCAACACACAUGAUAGUAAAUUUUAUAAACUGGAUGGAUCAAAAAUGAAAGUGCAGUUAAUGUAUAAUGAAUCCUUUUUCGAUAUGGUUGAGUUGCCGCACUUAAAAUCUCGUGCUGUCAAAAUACCAUUUGAAGAUCCCAUGUUUACACUACUAGUUAUCCUUCCGGAUGCAAAAGAUGGACUACCGAAUUUGAUAAAUUCGCUGAAUGAAGGCAAUGUUUUGUCGUCCGUCCUUUUGUCAAAUGGUUUUGAUAGCAUUGAGCUGCAAUUGUAUUUACCUAGAUUCAAACUAAGAGAAGGUAGUGCUGUGAGUCUCAAAAAGAUUCUGCAGAAAAUGGGAAUAAAUGAUGCGUUCUCUCCAUCGCUAGCUGAUUUUUCUGGUAUUUCUACCUCAUGUAGGUUGUGUAUCUCAGAUGUACUACAUAAGGCUAUUCUUGAGGUGGAUGAGGAAGGCGCAGUGGCUGCUGCAGCCACAGCAAGUACAGUCAUUGCGUUCAGUGCAUGCGUUAGUCUGAAACCUGUGCCUGAAUUUCGUGUGGAUCAUCCAUUCUUCGUUUCAGUUGUGUGGAAUAACAUUGUACCAAUAUUUAUUGGACAUAUUACUGCGCCCAUAGACAACUGAAGUGUUUUGUCUGAGGCUAUCAGUGAAACAUUGCGAUUGUAUUUUUAUAUUUUCUUAAAAACCUGCUAGGUUUCGUGACUUACUUUUUCUGUUACAAUAGGUGAUAUAAUAUGUAUUUUUAAAUCAGGUGAUUAUUUUUAAAUUGAUUGGUUUGUGAAGAUGCUUGUUUUCAUGUGAUCAUGAUUUUGUCUUUCAUGUUUACUUACUAGAGUAUCCUUUGUUUUCCUUGUAACCUGAGUUGACUGUUUUCUUUGUGGUUGACAGCUGAUCAUUGUUCUUCUUCUUGUUCUGUCCUUAUUCAAGUUAAAUAGUAUUUUUUUUGAGUACUUGUUCAUCUCUCUUUAGAUAUGGGGAACAUUGAACGACUGGAGUUU